AUGGCAAAGAAAGACGUUAAGACAAAAAACACGCCGGUCGUGAAGAAACAGACGCCGCAACAGACCUCUGACAAGACAAGUUCUGGCGUUUCGGUGGUCCAGGAGCUUGGCAACUCCGUUAGAAUCUCGUUUAACAGUUACCUUGCAGAAACAAAGAAUAACCAAAAACUGCGAUUGAUCGACACGUUCCUUAUUUUCCUUGUUGGACUAGGUGUUUUACAGUUUGUGUUCUGUGUGCUUGUUGGAAACUUCCCAUUUAACGCCUUUUUGGGCGGAUUCAUCUCGACUGUGGCUCAGUUCGUGUUGACGGUGUCGUUGAGACUCCAGAGCUUGGACGCCAACAAGACGGUGUUCAAAGGCAUCACGCCAGAACGGGCGUUUGGCGAUUACAUAUUUGCCAGCUUGGCAUUGCAUUUUGUCGUUCUUCAUUUCAUAAAUUGA